CAUGUGACCGAAACCAGUCAUGGAGGAACCGCAUCAAAUUCAUCUGACCUACAUCACUGAACGCAUCAUCACCAUAUCCUGCCCCCCUGGAUGUCCAGAUGAGAUCUACCUGCCAAACCUGCAGGAGAUUAUUCUCAUGCUGCAGUCCAAGCAUGGAAGCAACUACAUGCUCAUCAACCUCUCGCAGAAGAAUGACACUCUCACCCGAAUUAACCACAAGGUUUUGGACACAGGCUGGGUGGACCUCCUGGCUCCUAACCUGAAUCAGAUCUUCGGCGUGUGCACAACGAUGGAGAACUGGCUGCAAUCGCAUCCGAAGCAUGUGCUGGUUUUACACUGCAGGGGAGGUGAAGGCGUGCUCGGAGUUCUGGUGGCUUCCUACAUCCACUUCAGCAACAUACUAGCCAGUGCAGACCUUUCUCUCGACCACUUUGCCAUGAGGAGGUUCUACAAUGACAAGCUGUCCGCUCUGAUGACCCCCUCGCAAAAGCGGUAUGUGUGGAUGCUGGGCAGCAUGUUGAAGGGGGGACUGAGGAUGUAUCCCUAUCCAUCUUUCCUCCUCUGUGUUGUUCUUCACGGUCUUCCCAAAGUAAGACCAGAUGGAGGAUGCUGUCUCUUCCUGAGAGUCUACCAGAGUCUACACGCUGUUUGCACAUCAGCAGUCUACCACGUUAACGCAGUCCAGACGGAAAAGCUCUACAUUGUCCUCCAGCCGGCUCAGCUGCUCAAGGGGGACAUCAUGGUGGUUUGUUAUGACAAAAACAGCCAGUCAGCCAGCCGUCAGGCCAUCUUCCGUCUGCAGUUUCAUACGGGCCUCGUACAUGGACACACCCUCACUUUCUUCAAGGCGGACCUGGACUGUUCCAGUGAAGAUCCCCGGUUCCCAGACGAUGGAAAAGUGGAACUGUUGCUUUCUGACAGCCCAGAAAAGAUUAGAGGCAGAGAGCUGUGGCACAACGGACGCGGUGUGACGGUGGACUAUGACACCUUGGACCCUCUGGUUAGGCGAGAUUCGUAUCAAGACACGUCUCCUCUUGAAGCAGCCCCACCUCAUCUCCUGGACCCUGCAAAUGGCAGUUUCUAUGCCAGAGUGACGAAGAAGAGUAGUGAGGAAGGAGCCUCGUUCUCCCUGACCACUAGCAGCCCCAGCAGUGACCGAACUCCGUCUGCCAGCAGUGAUUCGGGCCUGUCCGUUGCCUCGCAGGGCCGGACCGGAGCAGGACAGAGGAGAGGGGCUGCAGGGGAGAAGAGCACCCAGGCAGGGAAGCUGGUCUCUGCGGUGGACUUUGAGAUCGCUCAGCCUCUUCUGGAGGUCAUGACUGAGCUUGCUGCCAGUGGAAAGGAGGUGGAGAUGGCUGGAGAUGAGUCUGGACUGGGCCUUACUAUCAAUGGAGAGGCUUCGUCCAGCGAGAGGGAAACUGACAUAUUAGAUGAUGUGGAUGAGGUGGAUGGUGAAGCGGCUUCUGCUUUAGAAAUGCCGAGCUCGAGCAGCAUCUGCUCCCUCUCCUCCGACAACCUGCCUGAACCUCAAACUGAGUACUCGACACACUCCUGGGUGCGGCAGCAGCAGAUGAUUGACGCUGACACUGAUGCCCAGCUUGCGGUUGAUGGGGGAGAGGGGGUGAACAGGGUGAGAAAACAGAGGCCGCCACCUCUGGUUGUUCCUGACACACCAGCUCGAGGAAUCAGCAGCAGGGAAGCAGUGCAGAGAGGGCUGGCGGACGAGGACAGAGCACACGGUGUCACACAAAACACAGACGUUACACACGACAUACAGUCUAUCAGUAAUACACACGCUUCGUCUUGCCAAGAAGAGGAUUUGGCGUCGUUGACCACAGACGUUGAUGAGUCCAUAGAGCAGCUGAACCAGCUGAUUUUGGAUUUGGACCCCACCUUUGAGCCUGUUCCGACCCGCUGUGCCCCCCUGUCCCGCUCCGCCUCCCUACACACCAAUGGCCUGAGCCACAAGGGAAAUACCCAUCUGUCAGGUUGGAGGCAGCAGAAGCAGGUCAGUGAUGUGGUGGACUAUGCUGGUCUCCAUAGUCCAGGAUGGAGAGGGCGUGGUGCUCAGAGCCUUAGAGGCCCCCCUGCCUACAGUCCUUCCUUCUCAUUAACUCAGCAUGGGCAUCUGUACAAAACCAACAGUGUGGACUAUCAGGGACACACAGAGAGCUCUGACAUCGUCCCUCCAACGCCGGCCUUCCCAGUGUCUCCUCCAACGCCCUAUGUGAAGCAUUUCUCAGAGUUUUCCCAGCUCAGGACUGGCGGACAGUGGGACCAACACAGAUGGGCACAAGAUUCCCGGAGUUUCCUGGACAGCAUGAACCACGCUUCCACAGAGGGAGACCUCUUCAGAUCAGAAGUGCCGGUCACUCCCGCUUCCUGUCAGAGGAUCUUUGGCUCCAUGAGCUCGAUGUCAUCAGAGAGCCCCCUCCCACAAACAGACAGUUCCACUCCUCCUCCUGUGUGGCACGACCGGACUCCAAACUCCCUUAACUCCCCGUACCCGCCCCAACCCUCACCCCCUCUCUCGCUCAGCUCUCCCAAUGCCCACAGCUCUCCCCGGGGGGCUCUGAAAGGCCUGGGUGGAGGUCUGGGGGUCCACAGGGAGACAAACAGCACGGACUUGUCCUCGUUGUUGUUGGGUAACGGCAGCCUGGAGCACAGCCUUCUGGAGGCCAUGGAGGGCCUUGGGAGUCUGAACCUCGGGGGGCACGGGGGCCUCCCUCCACUGCUGCCUGAGAAGAGGAAAGUGGGUGAGGGGAUAGAGCUUGGCUCCCACUCCCCCUCUGUAAGCGGGUUUUCCAGCCCCCACAGUGGCAGCAGUCUCAGCAUCCCAUUCUCAUCCUCCAUGACACCUGACCCCCUCAGAGGACUCGGUGGGGCCCCGUCGCCAGGAGCAGACGUUGGCAGUAAGCAGGACACUGUGAAGUUUGUUCAGGACACCUCCAAGUUCUGGUACAAGCCCGACAUUUCUAGAGACCAAGCCAUCGCAGUGCUAAAGGACAAAGAGCCGGGCUCGUUCAUUGUCAGAGACAGUCAUUCAUUUCGCGGGGCGUAUGGCUUGGCCAUGAAGGUGGCCACCCCUCCUCCGUCUGUGCUGCAGCAGAGUAAGAAAGUAGGGGACCUGUCCAAUGAGCUGGUGAGACACUUCCUGAUAGAGUGCACGCAGAAAGGAGUUCGUCUGAAGGGCUGCCCCAACGAGCCGUACUUUGGAAGUCUCACAGCUCUGGUUUGCCAGCACUCCAUCACCCCUCUGGCUCUGCCCUGUAAACUCAUCCUGCCUGACAGAGACCCGGUGGAGGAGCUGAAUGACUCGUCUGCACAGACGUCGACAAACUCAGCUGCUGAACUCCUCAAACAGGGAGCAGCGUGUAACGUCUGGUACCUGGGCUCUGUGGCCCUGGAGUCUCUGACGGGACACCAGGCGGUUCAGAAGGCGACCACACUGACGCUCUCCAUGGACCCCCCGCCAGCGUCCACCGUCGUCCACUUCAAAGUGUCGGCGCAGGGGAUCACGCUCACUGACAACCAGAGGAAGCUGUUCUUCAGGAGACAUUACGCAGUGAACACCGUCAUCUUCUGUUCUCUGGACCCACAGGGCAGGAAAUGGACAAGAGGCAGUGGCUCUACUGCAAAGAUCUUUGGAUUUGUAGCCAGGAAAUCUCAGAGUGAGACAGAAAAUAUGUGCCAUCUGUUUGCCGAGCACGACCCCGAGCAGCCGGCGAGCGCUAUCGUCAACUUUGUCUCAAAAGUCAUGAUUGGGUCACAUAAGAAGUAAGGACGAAGAGACUCACAGCAGAGUGAGAGGGGAUCAACUUCCAACACCAACAACUUUUCCCCCCAAGAGGCAAAAACUCUGAACCCGCACACUCCAGAACCUGGUCCUGUUGGCCCAUCCUGCAGAAUAAACUUGUGUAUUUUGUACUGCGUGAACUGCAGGAUGUUGCCACCAGAGGGAGCCAAGACUGUCAUGUAUGAGGUUUAAUACAUCAGCAGAAGGCUGUAACUACUUUAAGAUGCAUUCUUGGACAUUUGUGUAAAAUUUGUAUAAAAUCACACUUUUCUGAAGUAUGAAAACCAGAUUUGGUCAUAUUUUGACUAUUUUAUUUGACCUGUAUCUGUAAACUUACUCAAAAUGUACCAUAUUACACUUUCUUUAGCUGCAGCCGGCAUUCACAGCUGACAAACAUAACACGUUUAUUUCUGAUUACUUUGGGUGAAGAUCAAAUAUUCUACACAUAAACACACAUUUUUAAGCACUACUAUGAUUCUGAAACCCCUUCCCUUGAAAAAAUGUGUAAAUCCAAACCACAGGCCAAUUUUUUUUUAGAUGUUAAAACAAAACCAACUUUACUGCCACAUGACAAAGCCAGUAAUGCGGUUGCCUUGGACUUAAGAUGGAUUUAUUGUGUUGUGUUUAUAGUAUUUAUCCCUUUUUACAGAUGUGUAAAAGUCUUUCUUUUUGCUAAAUAUAAUUGUCAUAUAUUUUUGUAUAUUAACACAUACUGUAAAUUAGGAUUAAAGGCAGCAUCCCUCAGAAUGUACACAAUCAUGUCACAUAUUGUAGGAAGGAUAUGAUGUCGUAUUUUACAUAAGAGACUGCAUAAGAUGUCCGGGUAUACUUGUUGUAUUACUAAUAUAGAUGUCAAUAUGUUCCUUUGACAGUAACACAGUAAUACAGAUGUAUAUACAGUUGUUGUGCCAUGAAGAAGUCAUUCUGAUUUUCGCUAUUAAGAGAUCAAAUACACUCACUGUGAUGUCAAAGUUUUAGUGCCCCUCAGUAUAUUUUUCCAUCCACAUCUUCCUCGAGUCCUCGAAGUGAUCUUGUUUACUGGUUUGUGAAUGAACUAUGAUCAGUUACCAAAGCAUCUCUAACCCUGACAUCUCAUUAAACUGCUGGUGAAGUCAUAUGGAGACAAACACAUUUUCUUACUUACCUCCUGGACAUGCAGUUUGCUGUGGCACUCAGCCCCAAGCCCACUGGUUCCUCCUGAGGAUGUCAAUCUUUAAAACAGCUCACAAACAUAUAGCUUCAUGUAAGCAGGGAAAGGCUCAGGAAUUUCUUGAAACAGCUUCUCCCUGUAGUUUUUUUAUUGAAUGUUACUCAGAUAAGAAGAGAUAGUGCUUUUGUAGGGCACUAUUUCAGCACUGUAUUAAUCCACAGUUGGUGUUGUAGUGAGUAUUUGUGGCAGCAGGACGGUGUAUUUGGGACUGAGUGAAAAUAACUGUCAGUGUGUGUGUUCAUGGUAAUGAAGGAACAUGUCAGCCAGUGCAGCAGUGUGGCUCAAGGAUGUGUUUGAAUAGACAGUGAUGGAGCUGUAAGGUACAGGGGAAGAAGACAAAUCAGGCUUUGAUGCAAAGACAAUACCUAUUAUUAGAGAGACAGAUAUCUCCAACCAAACAACACCAAACUGUUCUGUUUGUCUCCAUAAAGUAUCACUGAGGUGAGUGAAUGGCUGCUUUAUGAUUGGGCUGAAUUGACCCUUUAAAGUCUAAAGUUGUAGUUUCCAGGUUCCCCAAUAGAUGGCAGUAAUCAGCCGUUAAAUUUCUUCCUGCCUGCCGAAUGAAGUGUGGAUGAGUUGAGUGUAGCUAGAGUGGCCAGAACUUGAAGGUAUUUCACAAAUCCCAAGCUUCUUUGUGGAAAAUGUGUUUGCUUUUCUCUUCCUUCUCACUUUUAUAAUCACACUAGUUGUAUACCAAGAAACAGCUGCAGAUGGAGCUGAGCAGGUCCACACAUGCAAGAAGAACCACCCUCUUGAAUAAA